CUCCAGCCUGGGCAACAGAGGCAGACUCCAUCUAAAAAAAUAGAAGUUGGCAUCUUCAGCCAAGUAAGUCCACCUCCUGCUUCAGGGCAGGCCAAGCGUAUUCACCUCAAAACCCUGUGCUGAGCAAGUGCUCAGUAACGGAGGAAAGAAGAGAAGCAGGAAGGAAGAAAAAAGGAGAGAAUCCCACCACCACCCACCUGCGCCAGUCACAGGGCACAGUCCAGGAGCUGCCUGGAGACCCACGCUGACCUGGCUUUCCCGCAGAGCUGGGAGCGCGGGAUGAGGAGCCCAGGUCAACCUGCGCCCUUUUCUUCCUUUCUCCCUGUCCUUCGCCACUUUGUCUACUUCAGACUAGGUGUGUCUGUGGCUCUUGUCGGAGAGGGAACGAGACAUUUCACACUGACGCCUCUCCCCACUCUACUCAGAUAGCACAUUUCCACAUUGUUUGGGGGCAGAAUGGGUCCUCUGGGUGGGAAGAGGGUGUGGAGGAGCGGGUGAGGAGGAGAAAGCCCGUGUCAGAGGGCUUGGGUGGGGUGGAAGGAGAGGCUGCCUCGUCACAGAGCCCAGGGGCGCAGGCGGCCCGGGGGCUGUGCUCUCCAGGAGGGUCUGAGGAGGAGGGAGGGCAGCAGAGUGGGCCUAUGCUUGGAGACGUCACAGGGCAUCAUAAAAGGGAUGUGAUCAGGGAGCUGGCGAGAGUGAGCCCAGGAGCCCAGCUGCCCACUCUCUGAGCGUUCACCCAGCCAGGUGGUCUCGUCACCUCAGCAGCUCCGCCAAGCUUCUGCCCAGGCCAGGACUGAGGCAAGCCUCAAGGCGCUCCUGGGACCUCUUCUUCUCGCCAGGAUGAACUCACUGGUUUCUUGGCAGCUGCUGCUUUUCCUCUGUGCCAUCCACUUCGGGGAGCCAUCAGAAACGGCUCCCGUGGAGAAUCCUAGACCUGCAGGCCAGCAGCUGGGAUCCCUGGCCCUCCUGGUCCCCUGGGAGCAGAGCCUGCGCAGCGCGCAGAGGAAGCCGGCUGCAACUGCCAGGCUGAGCCGUGCGCUGUGCGCACCCUCCGAGAGUCCCCAGCAGACGGGCCCGUGCGCCCCCAGCAGCCGCCAGAUCCCCGCACCCCGGAGCGAGGUGCCGCGGGAGCUGCCGCCGCCCUACUGGAACGUCUUCAGCCUGCGCUAUGGCUAGCGGGAGGCGGCACCGGGAGCCACGGCGAAGGCGCUGGGCGGGGCUGAGGGCGCAGGUGCGGGGCAGUGAGCUUCAGACCCUACAGGAGUCAGAGCAUGCAGGGCGGGGCGGGGUGGUGGGGGGACGCCGGGCAAAGGGAGGGGGCGCUGGAGCUUCCGGGCCUAGGCAAUAAAAGAAAUGUUGCAUAAGUCA